CUUCGCUUGAGUUACCAUCCUCAUCUUGGCCACCGCUCGCUGCGCAAUGUCACAGCUGCGAGCAGUCAAGGCAGAGAGCAGUCAAGAUGCCGCAGGAUCAUCUUCACCCUCUGGCUCAUCAUCUCCUCGACCCAAUGCAUCGCGCAUGAGUACAGGGACGACAGUCGUCCGCUCCUCGUCGUCUCGCCUCAUCAAACGAGGCGAUGAGGCAAACUCGCCAGCAACAGCCGGUACACCUCGUCGCUCCCCGUCUCCCCCUCCUCCCACAACGUACAGGGAUAUCCCUCUCCUCUCUACGUCCGCCGCAACACCAUGGGUGCAUCACCUUGCACGCUUUGUCCACCACCAGCGCAUCGACCCGACCGAUGCCGCCCAAUUCGUUCCGCCGCUCAAGCUCAAUCGUAAGCAGCCACCAAAACCAAGACAGACCUGGCCAAAGGCGGGAGACACACUCGUCGAUCGAUACGGGCGAUCAGUGCGCUUGGCCAAUGGCAAAGAGCUCACCUGGCCUCAAAAGGGCGAGGACACGAGCGAACAUCGCAAGAUCCUCGAGCGGCUCGCUCCCACCCCCAAGGGACCCGAGGGGGCAGCAAGAGGCCAUGCGAAUGGGUACGACGCCUCCUUGGUCGCUCCUGGGGCCGCCUCUGCCGCUCGCAAUUCCAAUCGACCGCUCUUCCAAAAGCGCGUUCGUCAAAUUCACAAGGCAUCGGCGACUGCUCGACGUAUUCACAACGACGAGUCCCUACCCUGGGUGCUGGAGGACUUUGAGACGGGCAAUCAUUGGGAGAGCAGCCGCACUGCUCGGAAAGACAGCGUGCAUGCUCUCGCAAAGCACUUCCUUGAUGGUGGAGAGGGUCUGGCGGGGCCCAAGGAAGAAGAGGGUGGCGAAGAGGAGGAAAAGAAGGGUCGUAUCAAGCGCGAAGACAAUCGACUGGUGCAACAUGCCCCCUGGAUCGGAAAGCUCGAAGGAGGCGAUGGUGCCGUCUCCUCGUCUUCUUCGUCCACCUCCAACGGCCGCGCCCCAUCUACUUCUACGAGCGACGCAUCAGCCCAAGUCCUCUUCGUCUUCGACGAACGCAAUCAGGGAGGCUUCAAAGUUGUCCCCCUGCGCAAGACGUAUCGCUUCAUGCAAAAGAGUCGCUUUGCGGAUGAGCGCGGCGAUGAAGAGCGCGAGAAGGAAUUUGAACGAUUGCAGAAGAGUAGGAGUGUCGGGGCCACAGAUCGAUUUGCUGGCCGAUCAGGCGAGAGAGGGAGUGGGAUUGCGACUCCCUCGUCUGUUCGAGGUGGCGGCGCAGGUGGAGGUGUAGGCUCCGGGCUUGUCAUGCCUGGCUCUGGUGGUAUGCGAGGCAACAAUGGUUCGGCGCGCGGAGUCAAGAAGGAGGAGUCACUAGACGAAGACUGGCCCGCUCUACGUGGCCUGUCGCUCGGCUCAUACGUCUCCUCACGGCCCCGCGGCUUGGUCAGCGUGAGCGGCGGUAGCAACGGCCGACGACGAGGCGGAUAUGACGACGACGACGUCCACGGUAGCGGCGGCUAUGGAGGCGGCGAGGAUGCCACGUACGACGAAGUCGAGUACCACGAAGACUUUGCAGACGAUGAGGAGAGAAUGGGCGGCGAGGCCGAGCUCGUCGAAGAUGCAGAUGAGCGUGAGCGCGAAGACCGCUUGCGCAGGGAGAUGGCUCGCGCUGGCGUUGGCGAAGGGAUGGGCCAGAUGGUCAAAGAGGAAGAAGAGGACGACGACCUCUUCGGCUCUGCUUCACAGUCUGGCUCUGCUCAACAGCCACGCGGCAGACGACGAGAUGAUCAACUCACAGGCUCUGGAAGGCAGAUGAAGAAGAUCAUGCGUGCCCUUGCGCGACGAGAGGGGCAAGACGUCGACGGGCUCUACGAUUCAGACGACGAUGAUGACGGUGGCGAUCUACUGGACAUCGAUGGGACUCGUCGCGGACGUGGUGCCAAUCCUUACGCCGAGGAUGACGAGGACGGUGACGACGAUGAAGAAGAACCUGCCCUCGCGAAUCCGGAAGAGGCGAUUCGUCGUGCGAUGGAGGAGAAGCGUGAACGCGAGGCUCGCGAAGCCAAAGAUGCGGCUACCAGCGGGCAAGGCAGUGAGAGGACUAGUAGGGGAAGCACUCCUACUCCAGGCCAGCAGCCUACCGCCGCACGCACGCCAUCGCAGACGGGCCGCGGGCAAGGCAGCACUACGCCUACAAAGCGUCAGCGCGACACCUCCUCGUCGGGCAGCGUCCGUGGACCCCCGGGCCGCCCUCAACAACAGCAAGGGCAUCGCCGAACCGCAACGGCUGCCUCCUCUCACUCCCGCGCCGUAUCACCAAGCGCAGCCGUCUCUCGAUCUCCCUCGCCCGGGCCGCAGGGCCAGCAGCAAGGUCAUCUCUCCCACAUCCCAAGGCAGUCUUCGCCUCUCGCCCACCCCUCUGGCUCGUCCAUGGAAGGAGCGGCCGCAGGCGUGAAGCGACCAGCAAGCCCUCAACCCGGCGGUACGACAGGGCUUCCCCCCUCCUCUUCCAACUCACGCCCAGCCUCACCCACCUCCAAGCGCGCUCGUCGGGAUAGCACAGGCUCUUCCUCCUCGUCUCGCCGCUCAACUCCCGCUCCUGGCUCGACGUCUACCACCUCGCUCGAGCGCGAGCUGAUCAAUAUGGUCCGCUCUGGCCAAGUCAAGUCCAUUGCGGAGGUGAUCGCCGCUUUCAAGAAGCGACUGCAGGCCAAGCCUGAGUUGAAGGGCGAGAUGAUGGGAGCAUUCAAGCGUUGCUUGACUGGCGGGACGAGGGGGGAGGUGCUGAGGGUCAAGGACGGGUUUUAAGGUCUAGACUGGCGAGUUGUAGUCGAGAUUGAAAUUAGUAGUGGAGCAUGACAUAGAGUCGCGAGGAUGUAUACCGAGAGCAAAGCAGACCGAGAGCAAAGCAGACCGAGAGCAAAGCAGAAAAGGGCGCUGACUGAGUCAGCCCGACAGAGAGAAGAAGAACAAGAAAGAGCCAAAAGGGGGUAUACGAAUGCUGUUCAAAGUACGUGAGGGCACGAGAGCGUCGCUCGCCUACCCCAGUACAGCGACGAAGGCGAAGGAGCUGUUUUCCCUGUCCACGAGCGGUGUGAUGUGCAUGGUGACGACGCGCAUCUCUUCGCUGCCUUCCAGCAUAGUCGCCGCCCCACCAUCUCCACCGCCCGUAGCACCACCGAGCAUUCGACCCAUCAAACCCUUCUUCUGAACCCUGAGCCCCGUCUUGACGGAAAUCUGAUCCCCUGACUUGACCGCCUCCUUCACAGCCUCUCGUAGCUGACGUGUCUCUCCACGA